GAUGCUUCGAAUUGGAGCUGCGCGUACGACUCCGUGCUCACAAUCAUUUGGAACAUGUACGUCGACUACGGCGAGCUUUGGCUUCAAUCGGUCGCCCCCGACAACCAACUGAUGUCCGUGCUACGGUCUGCGUUUCCCACUGUGCAGGCCGACUCCCAUCUGCUGGCAGCACUCAGAGAUACAGUUCGCGACGUUCUGUUUGCGCUGCAACCCGGCCGAUUUCCUCGCGUUGGACCGGUCACCGCUGCGGCUGCGGACGUCAUGACAUUUUUGUUUCAACGCCACUCCCGUUUCGGCAGCUGCAUCUCCGUUUGCUCCGGCUGCUCCUGCGAAUUCGACGCCUCCCCUGAUAUAUGCCAAUCUUACUUCUGGGCUAUUCCUGAAGUAGCCUGGUCUGCUUACUACAAUGGACGGACCUCUAUAUCCGCUUCCGAGUACGUAACCUGUGCACUUCAAGGAGUAUUCUCUCACCGCUGCGCGCGUUGCCUCAUAGAAACUCCUAUCAAAAUAACCCUGCACGAAGUUCCUCCUAUUCUAAUCAUUGAGUGCAAUUCCGCUGCCGUAUAUGCGGACGCCGAGAUCGCAGUUACUGUACUGCAUGCACAGACCACAAUGCGUCUAGGAGGCAUCAUUUAUCACGGUCAGAAUCAUUUCACUAUUCGGUAUAUCAACAAGGAUCGAAUCGUGUGGUAUCACGAUGGGGCGUCAACCCAGGCAGUAUGCGUUCCUCAGGGACCGCUCCAGCAGAUGAGCGAUCGUGAACUCACUUCUACGAACUCCAGAUCGGCUUGUUACUACGUCUACAUAUCCGCUUAG